AUGUCAAGCAGAAAACUUGCAAGUUUCAACGAAUCUCAUGUGGAGAAGUUAGCCCAAUUGGACAACUCCAAAGUUGAAACCAACCAGAAUGGCAACGAAUGGCUUGACAAGUUCCCUGUAACGCAGCACACUGAAGCUUUGGAUAUUGAGGAAGGUCAGAUAAUAACCGAAGCAAUAAAUGUGAACCCAGUGAAAAAGAUAUGUGCAUCUGCUGAUGUGGGACAAAUCAGUGAUGUGAAGAAGUUGAAUGGUGAAAAAGCAAAAAAUGGAUAUGCGGUUGUUGAGAAAAAUAACCCUCGGAUUCUUGAGUUGAUUCAGUUGUGGAAACAGCUCAGAAUAAGCAACAACAAAGGCCAAUGCGGAAGAGGAGAUGGGGUGGAAGUUAGGUCCCAGAGAAUGCAGAUGUUAUCUGGUGGUUUUCUUGCAAUAAAAAUGAAAAAUCCAGACUUUGCCUUCAUUGAACUUCUCUCUUCCACCGCUGGGGUGCGGAUUAGGGGUGAAGGGUUGGUGUGGGGAACGAGAUGGAAAGAGAAGAUGAAGAGUUUACCGAUCACCUAA